UCAAUUAUCAUUGCCCUGGUGGUGGGUUUUAUUAGUAUUUUAUAUAAGGGUGACCUUAGCAGUACAAAUUAAUCAUUGAUUGAGCCCAGCUCCUUCCAGCUCAGGGGAUUUCUGAGCCGGGUUCUUUUAUAAUUCCCAAUUUGCCUCUUAGUCCCAGUACUUUCCGAGUUUCCUGUUGAAUUCCUUCAUUCACAGUGUCCCUUGGCAAGGAGUUCCACAGGUCUGGUUCCCAGUGCAUGAAGAAACAUCUCUGUUAGGGAACAGGCUGGAAAUAAAGUGACUUCAUUUGGUGGCCCCUAGCUCUGGGGCUGGAAAGGCCCAUGAGUUUCUGCCCAGGCUGGGCUAAGGCUCUCCAGACACUACUUCCCACCAAUUCUUAGGUGAUUUGAAGGCUUGCUUGACAGGAACUAUGCAGAGAACUCCUGGUUUGUGCAGGCUCCAAAAGGUACAAAUUCCUUCAGCCAGUCCCUGUGCUGGUAGCUCUUGGGGUCCAAGCUCAGCGACUCUUCCAUGCACACAUAUUGUGUGUUGCCAAUCCCCCAAAAUAUUCACGGGCUCCCUUUCUCUGGCAGCACCACCAUGGCUGUUCUCUCUUCCCCAAAAUAUUCACGGGCUCCCUUUCUCUGGCAGCACCACCAUGGCUGUUCUCUCCAAGGAAUAUGGCUAUGUCAUGCUGACUGGGGCCGCCAGCUUUGUCCUGGUCAUGCACCUCGCCAUAAACGUGGGCAAGGCCCGCAAGAAGUACCGUGUGGAGUACCCAGCCAUGUACAGCACAGACCCUGAACACGGGCAGAUAUUCAACUGCAUCCAGCGUGCGCACCAGAACACAUUGGAAGUCUACCCUGCCUUCCUGUUCUUUUUAGGCACUGGUGGACUCUACCACCCGCGAGUUGCCACAGGGCUUGGCGUCGCCUGGAUCGUUGGGAGACUCCUCUAUGCCUACGGCUACUACACAGGAGAUCCCAAAAAUCGAAGGAGAGGGGCCCUUGGCUCCGUGGCACUCCUUGGGCUGGUGGGCACAGGCAUCUAUUCAGCCUGCCAGCACCUGGGCUGGGUCUACCAGCAGGGGUGCAGAAGAUAAAGGGAGUUUUCUUCUGUUUUCUUUUAGAACACUUGGCUUCCUAUGUUUUUUCCCUUUUCUUACUCAAUAAAAGGAAGUUGUCCAUUCUCUAUUUUCA